UAAUAUCAAGAAAUUAAAAUUCGGAGAAAAGAUAAUUCAUUUUUAGUUUUAUCUUCUUCCAAAAUGGAGACUUCUCUUAGAUAUGGAGGAGAUUCCAAAUCCUUAAGAAUCCACGCCAAGGAAAAACUUCGAAUCGACACCAAUACCUUCUUCCAGUUGCGCGGAGAACUUGACACACGAAUUGGACAACCAAGUACUCUCAGUGCCCUCAUUAGACAUUUCUAUCCAAAUUUAUCAGCAACACUUGGUGUUGGAGUCAGAUAUGAUAAACACGACAAGUUACGUUAUACUGUUCUUGCUAAGAAAACAUUUCCUGUCACUAUGGAUGGUCUUGUCAAUUUCAAAAUUAAGGGAGGUUGUGAUGUUGACAAAGAUUUUAAAGAGAGGAAAUCUAAAGGAGGGGCCGAGUUUUCGUGGAGUGUUUUCAAUUUUCAGAAGGACCAAGAUGUCAGACUCAGACUUGGUUAUGAAAUAUUUGAACAGGUUCCUUAUCUGCAGAUUAGGGAGAAUAAUUGGACAUUUAAUGCAGAUUACAAAGGUAGAUGGAAUGUGAGAUAUGACUUAUGAGAAUAGCAGAUCGUUUUUUCUGUAGACAUGUUCUGCUUAUCAUUUUUUCCUAGACAUGUUAUGUAUUUCACCCCAACCCUUAGCCUCACCCAAGAAAAGGGACCAUGCAUACAUUUAAAUUCGGUCCUUAAAGUGAAGUGCCAUACAGUUGAAAAUAAAUCUGCAUGAUUUAAUAUUUGAUUUGAUAAUAUAUAUUAAAAUUCUUACAAGAAAA